CCCAAAUCUCAAUCCUGCUCUUUGUGCGGCCGCUCGCAGCUACACAAGCGGUCAUGUUCCACAAGAAGAAGCCUGAUCCUAAAGCUGCGGCGAAGGAUGCUAAACGGGCGGUUCGGUCGGGGGAGCGAGACCUGGACAAGGAGAUACGGAACCUUGACAGGAGCGAGAAGUCGUUGGUAGCGGAGAUCAAGAAGACUGCCAAGGGCGGGAACCAAGGUGCAACUCGAACACUCGCGAAGCAGCUUGUGCAGCUACGAGCGCAAAAGGAGCAAUUGUACUCGGCAAGGGCGAAGUUAGCGGGAGUCGGGAACGCAGCAACAACGGCGGCGACGUCAGCUUCGCUGGCCGGGGUUAUGGGCAACGUGGCGGGCGUGAUGAAGAAGGUGAACGAGGCGGUUAGCACGGAGGAGACGGCGAAGAUCAUGCAGCAGUUUGCCGUGGAGAACGAGAAGAUGAACAUGUCGGAGGAGAUGAUGGACGACGCGCUCAUCGACGCGUUCGACGGCGAGGGCGUGGAAGAGGAAGCAGACGGAGUCGUUGGCCAGGUGCUCGCCGAACUCGGUCUGGAGAUGGACGGCAAGAUGGUGGACGCCCCGACCAACACCCCGGCCGGCGUGGCGAGACCAUCGGCGGCGGAGGAUACCAAGCUGGACGCCAAGACCGAGGAGUUGUUAGCGCAACUCGGCGCUCUCUGAGUUAUUUAUUGGUUACAAAAUAUAGGUAAAACUAUCAUGGGAUUGCUCGUUUUUGCUGAGAGAUGUGUUACGAAGCAUCAUGUGUGGGCGACCUUGGCAUGGAAGAAUUGUUGUGAUAGCUCAGCUCGGCGCUCUCUGAAGCGUGAUUGGUUGCAACAUAUAGGUCUCACGGAGAGACUCCUCGUUCGUUCGGAAGUUUGGCUUAAUAGGAGAUGUGUUUAGAACAUCCUGUACCAGCGACGUUGGCAUGGCAGAAUUGUUAAGGCGCAGCGCAGCGGGUCCUUUUGAUAUCUCUGGUUUUUGUUCUUUUCGUCGCUCCAUUCUCUUGCCUGUCGCUCGCAGUAUCAACCUGCUGCACGGUAUGAAGUAUGAUGGGCAAGAACUAGGUGCUUGUUUUUUUAGUUUGAAAACGACAAUUUUCUGGUAGAGCUAGUGGAUGCCCUUCGGACAGUUGACAGCUCAGAGGUAGGGCACAGCCUCAUUUAGUCGUCGUUUUUGUGCUGAAAGCGCAAGAGUUAAACACUCCGCUGGACUUCUGCUCUAGCUGACGCUUUUAGAAGCUGGGAGUACAGUAGUUCGAGACAAUCAACCGAUUUUUCUGUUGGCGGUUGCUGCGCACUCAAGAGAACUCGAAGAGUGAGCGGCGUUGCUCUGUGAUAUGCAUAGCUGAUGCCAGGGCAAAGGGUGGUGGCGAACAGCGAGGGUAAUGUAUCUUAGAUGGUGAACGGUGUGCCCUUCGAUGAUCGCUUCAGCGGGAAAUGUUUCGAUGGAAACGACCACAACAAAACGGAGCUUGUUGUGAUUUCGCGGUUCUGUGACGUGUCUCGAGAAAUGCGCAGCGGUCGGUCGUGUGUAGUUCUCCGUGUUCGGUCGUGUGAUUUCUCCGUGGGGCUUGGAGCGUGCGAAAUGUCGCUGAAUCUCCGGGUUUGGUUGUUAGUUGACCGCAAGCCAGGUCGCGAAAGUUGUUCUUGGCGGGCACCAACCGUGGCUCAGACGUCGUGCCCGAGGCACUGAACGAGCUCCGCCUGCUGCUGCUGAUCCUGUCUCAACAGGGUUACAUUUUCAAGCUACACUCCGCGAGGUAUAAGAAAUAUCCUGGGGAGUUUGUUGUGGUUGGGUGGCGCGCCUGCUGUACUCCCUUCGGCGGUGACUUGUGCCUGGUUGGGUUUGCUGUAUCCGCUGAAUGCGCAGUGAUUGUCCCGCGAGAGAACAGACUCGCUGCUUGCUACUGACAGCGAUGAGUGUAUGUUGAGAACCCCUCGUAGAGGAGGUGGGCAUCGCGGCUGGCUCUCUAUACGUGUCCUACGAUGGUACGACUUUGUAGCGAACCUCCCCCCGGUAGUAGUUUAGCUUUAGCUGCGGCAUCGAGAGGUGGGUGUACAAGAGGCACUUCGGGGGUGGGUAUGUUCCUUGUAGAGACCACGGUCAGAGUGGGAAGUUUGUCGAUGAACCGAGUGGUACAGGAACUGAUUGAUUUUGAUUGCCACGAAGGAAAGGGUAACCAGCAGAGGAAGGUUGGCGACGGAUCCUUUAAUACGGCCUGAAGGUCAUAAUUGUUUUUGUGCUUGGUGACCCUUAUUUAUGAUGAUGUCUCUUUCGCAUUUUUUUACGGUAGGUGGCAUGGUGAUUGGUGACCAAGAGAUUAUCGCGUUGUACAUGGAAUGGAUGGAUGGGUGAGUUGCAGGUGUGCCCGUGCGCAGUUUCUUUGUCAUUAUAUGUAUCCCAAGUAGUAACUGAUGCAUGGGGAGAUGUACAUGCUCCAAAUAGAAACAAUGCUCCUGCUACAUUUGUUCUUCCGGUCUUCAUUUUUGAGGGCGGUAUACCGUUUGUUUUAAAAUCACCCUACUGCUGCCAGAUGUAAUGAGGGUAAUUGUCCCUCCUUGCCUGUAAAUAGCGCUCAGACUCCACGGUUCGGUGGAUUACUGCAGCAGUACACAUGCUCACGAAACCACAAAAAAUGUUCCUUCAUGUGUU